AUGGCUGAUAACCUGCAACGUCUUCGCGAGUUUCACGAAUCGUCGCCAGCCUGGGCUCGUGCAGGCAAGCUACUCAAUGAUCUAAAGGUUGCAACAAAGGCCCUGCCUCAGACUAUCUCUCUGGGUGCACAAGAUGGCUUUCUCCACAAGACCUUUAGGAAUCAACCCGAGAACCUAGACGGCGAGGGUAUCUGGUACACUUUCAACAAGAUCUGGGAAUGGGCAUUCCACUCGCAGAAGCCGGAGGCCGAUCAGACUGCGCUUGUCCUUCGGGGGAAGUAUGGUCUACAAGUCGUCAUUGAGUUCGUGGAAUUCUACAAGGACGCUGAUGGCAUGACCGAGGCGAACCUUGAACUCAUGUGCGGCAAGCUUGAGCAUCUCUUGCGGGUUGUACAUCUCAGGAGCCCGCCGAAGAAAAAACGCGGAGGAGUUCCUGCUGAGGCCUUCUAUUCGUCGUCAUCGGCCAAGGCUUCGGGCUCGGGCAGUGCGCAGGCUGGUGAGAAACGGCAACGCAAUGAUGAUGGAGGAUUGAAUGAUGGCGACGGCACCGCAAACGAUGUGGCGCCGAAACGCUCACGCACGGGCAUAGUGUCCGAUAAGAUGGCAGAUGAUGCACUCGGUAUCACGAAGUACAACCAGAAGCAGGCGGGUAAGGCGAAGGGAAAGGAGAAGGAGUCAAAGGCGAAGGGGAAGGGGAAGGCGAAGACAAAGGGGGGGCGUAAACGGGCUGGGAGUGGGUCGUCUGGAUCGAGCGGGGAGGAUGACGUGAUUGAUGUUGAUGCGGAUGAGGAGGACAAUGCACCACCAGUUGGCAAGGUCGUCGGGGAAGACCUCACCGCAAAACAGAGUUGGGCCUAUUCGCAAUACACGCGCACUCCGGGGUUCGACAAAGACCCUCCUCAUGCACCUUGCUGGAUUUGGACCUGUCGUCACUGCAGGCGUGUUCGGACUACGCCUCGAUCAAAUGGAAGCGUCCAGAUCUUCGAAGUUCCACCCGAAGCCUACCCGAAGAAAUGGAGUAACUUGACAACACAUCUCAGUACCGACUGCAAGAAGCUACCGCCCAAGUACACCUUUCAAGCAUGGCAAGAACGGCGAGAUUGUGGCGAGGACGAGAAUGAUGAGGCUGGCGAUUCCGACCCAUCUGCGUCACAGGGAACCCUGUCACAGUGGUGGGCUGGACAAGCUGCAGCAAAGCCAGCGAAGCAACAGCGCAUCACCAAACGGGGCUUCCGCGAGGUCUUCGUCAAGAGCAUUAUCGAGGAUGACCUCCCGUUCACCUUUGGCGAGAAGGGUGGCAUGCACAAGGUGUUCCGUUAUGUGCUUCCCGAUGGCUAUAAGGUCCCAAAGCGGAAGAUGGUGCGGGGUGACCUUGAUAGGCUGCACGCGGCUUUGACAGCGAAGCGCGUUCGGCCCGAUUUCGAUGCACAUCCCGGGCGCAUCGCUAUCAUUGUGGACGGAUGGGGAAGCAAGAGCUCUGUCUACUCGUUUAUUGGCGUGAUCACGAGCUUCAUUGACAAGAACUGGAACCUCGUUGAAUAUCCUCUGGAGCUCAUUCCCCUCGACGAGGACCAUUCGGGCAAGGUGUACGGCAAGGAGAUUUUUCGCUGCUUGCGGCGGUAUGGCAUAGACCGGAAAUUCAUUGCGAACACGUCGGACAACACCUCCACCAAUGGCGUUAUGAACCGCGCGCUCGCAAAACGCGGUAACAAACGCCACCCGCAUCUCAAACUCGACGCAAUGAAAAUUGACGUUGGUUGCGGCGCACACGUCAUCAACCUGUCAUGCCAAGAUAUUAUGUCGGGCGUCGGGGCAGCACCAGCUACUUCCAAUACGGACCUGCAUAUCGAAGCAAAGGCACAGGGCCUUCCGACGGAGCUAUACGAUAAGGAGAAGGACGAGGAUCUGCGUGAGGAGGAGGCAUUGCAGAGAGCGGAGAUUGACGCAGAGCUUGCGGCUGGGUUCGUCGCAGACGACGAUGAGCUGGAGCGGUCCUCGGAUUCGGGAAAUUCGAGUGGGGAGGACUCAGAUGCCGUGCAAGAUGAUGACGGCAAUGAGUCCUGGGCUGAUGAAGAGGGUGAAGGGACGGGGCAGCCUACGCGUCGCAAGACGAAGAAGUCACGCCGUCCGCGCAAGUUCACCCCGGUCAACCAGAUACACGCCAUAGUCGUGGACGUCAUGCGCUCCAGCAUUCGCCGCCAUCGCUUCCGCCGUUUUGUUCGCCGAGCAUGCCCAAGGGCUGCCCGAUACCUCAUGCUCAGCCGUAGGAGUUUGUGGGAUGCAACCCUCAGCUAA